AGCACGUCAAUGUUGACUUAGAUGGCGGCGGAUAAGUUAGUCUUAUAGGCUGCCUAUGUUGCGUUAACCCUCCAUCAAAAUUGCACCUUUUUUUUUGUAUCCUUCGCAGGCAAGUUCUCCCUCUCAACUCCAACAGAUUUUUUCCCAUCAAAAGGAGAUGUCCGGUGGCCUUGUUACCAGUUUAAUCGCUAGACAUAAGCUUAUGAAGAUCGUAUGCAACUGCCCAUCAUCUUGCUCUGCUUCUUCUUUAGCGUUUUGGGUUUCUGCCAAGGUUUAUGCAAUUACGUGCAAGCUAUUCUGUGCGAUCUUGACGUUCGUGUUUGCAGUAGCUGGCACAACAUUGGGAGCCUAUGUGGGAGCAGUUGUGGGCCUAAAGUCUAAAAGUAGCUUACUUCAUGGAGCCGCAGUUGGAGCCAUCAUGGGGUGCAUACUUUCCUUUGAAAUUUUUAGAAAAUCAUUCGUUCUCUGGGAUUCUGAUGAUUGGGCAAUUGACAGCUUCAUUCAUUUGAUUCAAACAGGUUCAAACAUCUUGAAUGAAAGAAUAGAAAGGCUUAGUUCAACCACAAUUUGCAGCGAUGGAUUAUCGAUGCUGAAAAUUCAAAAUAAGAGACUUGCAAACAAAAACUUUGUGGAUACCUUAUGGAAUGGACCUUCCUGCCCAAUCUGCCUACAGGACUUCCAACUGGGGGAAUUGGUUUGCAGCUUGCCGGGGUGCCGCCACACAUUUCAUCCACGUUGUAUUGGUCAGUGGUUUAUUGGACACAGUUCUUGCCCAUUGUGCAGGAAAAUACCAUAUUUGGUGGAGAAUGUGGAUUGUGCUAGUUAAGAACAAAAAUUGUUCACUCCAUUUUUCCCCACGCUCAAAUCAAUGUGGGAUUGUUCAUAUAUACAUGCUCCAAAUUUAUUUGUAAACAAAUCGUCUGCCAAUUGGGUGGGCUGUUCAUUA